AUGCUCUACCCUAUCCUGCGCCGCCUCGUCACGGCCUUCGAUGGCAAUCCCGACGCGGAGCUCUGGAAGCACGUCGUACAUCGUUCUGGCCCGAUCUGCGAGUACGACGUAUUUGACGGCUGGCUGGCCGUCUUCUGCGUGUGGACGGACGAAGGGCAGUGGAAGGCAGGGCCGCUUCCUCCCUUGCUCGCGAUACCUCGCCCACCUCCACCAGUCGUAAGGCCUGGUCCUCGCCCUCAGCUCUUACAACCCACGCGACGUAUGCGGCUGGCGAAGAUGAUCUCCGCUCCGCUCAAAGCACACGCGCGGAAAUACGAAGCAGGACCUUCGAUGAAACGUGAAAGCCAGCUUCAAGAAGAGGAAGCCUCAGCUGAUACUACAGCUGACGAUACCCUCUCCGGUCAAAGUAUCCUCACCGCCGAAAAGUACUCGGCAUCCUAUACCCUGGACGGUGUCCCAUACCUUACCGUCGAUGUCGGGAGCAUUCCUCCUGAAUACUGCGAGGCGGACGUGACGAUCGUCGAUAAUCGGGCGACGUCCCCCUGCCAGAUGAUUGCUGGACACAUGGCCAGCGUGGCGACGGCGAAGGAUGUUGGAGGGCCGCUCAAUGCGCUCGCACCCGCGCCGCAGUGA